AUGUUACAAAACUUGGCACUGUUAUUAAUCAGUAUUGCUUGCAUUAUACCAAUUAAUGUUUUAUGGCAAUUGCUACCAAAGAAAAACACUUCUGCACCACCACUAGUGUUUCAUUGGCUGCCUUUCAUUGGAUCAGCAUUAGAUUACGCAAUCGACCCUCUUGAGUUCUAUAGACGUAACCAAGAGAGGUAUGGUGAUGUAUUCACGUUUAUCCUCUUGGGUAGACCGAUGACGGUAGUUCUUGGAACGAAAGGAAAUAAAGCUUUAUUUGCUUCAAGCGCUACUAAACUGUCAGCAAGCGAAGCGUACACAAAUUUGACCUCACCAGUAUUUGGUAGCGGUGUUGUGUAUGAUUGUAGCCACUCAACAUUUAUGUCUCAGAAGAAGUUUAUCAGAUCAGGAUUGAGCGUUACACAAUUUAGAGCAUACGUUAGUAUGAUAGUUGAUGAGGUGGAACUAUUCAUGAAGAAUAAUUUGAAUGGUCUAUCAGAGGGGAAGAUACCUGCAUUUGAAACACUAGCACAGUUAACACUCCUUACAUCAGCAAAAACACUUCAAGGACACGAAGUCAGAAAGGCUUUUGAUGAGAAAUUAUUAUCUUGCUUAUACCAUGAUCUAGACAAAGGGUUUACCCCGAUAAAUAUGAUAUUACCAGGCUUACCACUCCCAGUUAAUAGGAGAAGGGACGUUGCCAAUAAAGCGGUUAGUGAUAUGUUUGUCCGCAUCAUUCAAGCUAGACGAAAGAACCCCUUACCAGAAGAGGAAUACGAUAUGAUUUCAACACUCAAUGAAAAGCAAUACAAAGAUGGCACUUUAUUACCUGACAACCAUAUUGCACAUUUACUUAUAAGUUUAUUGAUGGCUGGACAACACACCUCAAGUUCAGUUUUAUCAUUUGCAAUGCUUGAACUAGGUAGAAGACCUGAUAUUUGGGAUGCUUUGUUGAAAGAGCAAAAAGAAAAUUUGAGCAUUCAUAGCACUGACGAUGAUAUUAAUGGCAACGGUUGUCAACUGAAACCAUUAGAAUAUGAAGAUUUUGAAAAAUUACCAUUACUUGGAGCUGUACUUAAGGAAACACACAGAUUACAUGGACCAGUUCAUUCGGUUAUACGUAGAGCUUUGACUGAUUUUGAGUAUAUCGACGAUAAUGAUCGUGCUUUCAUUAUUCCAAAAGGCCAUAAUGUUGUUGCUAGUCCACUUUACACUCAAAGAUCACCAGAGUUUUGGAAGAACGCAACGGAUUUUGAUCCAUAUCGCUGGUUCAAGAACGACGUUUACAAGGAAAGUGAAGAAGAUAUCAAAGUCGACUACGGUUUUGGAAUGACAAGUGACCCGAAAGAAUCACCAUAUAUACCUUUUGGUGCUGGUAGCCAUAGAUGUAUUGGUGAACAAUUUGCAACGUUGCAAUUGAUGGUAAUCUUAUCUACCUUUGUUAGAAAGUUGGAAAUCAAGACCGAAGGAGAAAUGCCAAAUCACAAUUAUCGCACAAUGAUCAUCUCUCCUCUAAGUCCAGACAAUAUUAUAUAUCGUACACGUAAAUUCUGAUCAUGUAAAAGUGACGCAUUACAUAAC